CUACGCGUGGCGGGACCUGUUAGUUAGAUCAUGGCUUUUUCUCUCUUCUCCACUCUAGUCUUCUGUAAAUCUUCACAGCUGUUAGUAACGUCAAACGUCAGUUAAAAUCAGCUGACGGAUAGUUUCUGUUGUGAAUUCUUAGCAGAUAAGAAGAACAACUGGCCCGUCAUGUUGAACAGUUUAGCAAACUAUUUACUUAGAAGUAGUGUUUCUGAUCAUUCUGAAUCGAGGGACGAUAUAAAUGUUGGAAACAUUAACAACUACCUUACACAAACCAGGCUGAAACAAGUUGAAGUUGAAGAAAAUGAUUGGAUUCUCAUUGACCAAACAGUUGAGGGUGCAACUUCUAUGGAUGAAUCCUGGUAUGUCACACCACCUGCCUGUUUCACAAAAGCGAGUCCUGUACAUGUUGAAACGUCACCGUUGGAAGACUUACUUAUAGAGCAUCCCAGCAUGUCUGUUUAUAGAACUGCUAAGCAUCCUAUUGUACCUGAUACUUCUGUUCUAACGCCAAUUACUUUUGAAGAAAUUGGAGAAUCUACUAUUCACGUUUCUGCUUCUAAUAUACCAUGUGUUUUCUCACAACGAACCCAUAAGCAAACAGGAAACAUAAGCAAUAUAGUAAACGCUCCUCGUAAAAGAGAAUAUAGGAUGACAAAUAAUGAUAAAAAUAUUGAUAUUGUUCAGCUUCGAUCUGCUCAAAAGAUUCAAGAGAAACGCGUUACUCAGACAUCAAAGAGAAAUCGACUCGAACGAGGAAAUAAAGUACGAGAAUUUUCUAGUGUAAAGGGUAAACAACCAAGGCGACAGGAUCGGUUGCGUCUCCGGAACAGUGGUGCUAAUAAUGAUCGGAAAUGCUAGUCACUUUAAAUAUGAGCAACAAGAGAAUGCCUUGAUUUUUCAUUAAGAAAUUAUUUUAUGAAAUGCAGUGAAGUACAGUUUUCUCAAAGAGUUAUUACAAAUUCUAAAAUUUACUUACGGAGCAUGAAUUACCAUAAGUAUAUCAGUCUAAAAUUUGAGCUUAGUAAAAUCGAAUUCAAUGCAAUGUAUACUAAUUUUAAAAAAACUCUGAAAUUUUAUAUUAUCUGACACAAUUGUCAUUUCACUAAAAAAAUGUAUAAAAACAUGCCUAUUUUUUUGUCGAUACUUAUCAAAAAUGAAGGUAAAGAGUUUUGAGAAAAAUUUAAUGUUCAUUCAAUUCUGUGUUAAAUGUCACUUAGUACAAGUUUUUUUUAAUAAAUAGAAGCCAAGUUAACGUGUGAGAAAACCAACCAAUUUUCUAAAAUUUGAGAAUUUUAAUUUUAAUAUCAGUUUUUUCCAUGUUUUAACAAGAAGAAACAAGAAGAGGUUUUGUUCCCAAAGCUUUUUGUACCAAACUUACAGUAAAGAAAGUUACACAUUUAUAAAUACUGGUGUGGGAUAGACUGACUCACUUCCUGAAAUUUGUUGAGAUAUUAAAUUUUUAAAAAUAAGGUUUUCGCUCAUUUGAAUAACAUUGGUCUACAAAAAAAUACAUUUUUUCUAAUGCAAGCAUA